AUGACUGCGAGUCCACCAAGUCAUCAAUUGUGGCAUCCGAGUCGCGGGAUUUGUUUCUCCCCGAGUCCGCAGAGGACGCCGUUGGAAUCACCAAGAUCCUUUAGCAAUGCUGCUGCAACGGAAUCAGAGGAGCAGGCCACGGCACUCGAAUCAAAACAAGGUGAGGGUUUGCUAGGGCAACAUAUCGGUGAGCCGGUUACCGACCCGACGUUACCUACCAGUGACGCGGUAUUAGCUGCGCCAGACAACGAAGUUGCAGCAGGCGGGAACAUCGCUGUCGAGGUGAUCGAGCCGGAGAACGCCAUAGCAGAGAGCCCCGCCACCUCCAACGAUAUACCGUAUCCUGCGUUGGAUUGGAAAGUAUCAGAGGAACUCUUCCGUGCCGCGAAGAAUGCAGCCCCGGAGACUCCCGAGUCCUACUGGUCAUAUAGACUCUACCGUGGGCCAAACGCGGAAGGCCCGGACGAGAAAGUCAAGGUCCAUUACUGCAGGAGCAAGCAUACAGCCGAACGAGUCUGUCAGGAGUAUUUUGUGAAUGAGAAAGUACUCGGAUUCGAUCUCGAAUGGGUGGCGGACGCAACAAAGUGGCAGGGAGUCAAACGCAAUGUCUCCCUGAUCCAAAUUGCCAGUCCAAGCCGCAUUGCCCUGUUCCACGUGGCUCUGUUCCCAAAAUCGGACGACUACGUGGCUCCGUCUUUCAAAAAGAUAAUGGAAGACUCGAAGAUUACCAAAGUGGGUGUUUGGAUCAAGGGCGACGCGACGAAGUUACGCACUUACAUGGGUAUUGAAUCUAAGGGUUUGAUGGAACUUAGCCAUAUGUACAGGCUGGUGACAUACUCCAAGACGGGGCAAUUCAAGGCCAUCAACAAAAAGUUGAUACCAUUGGCAACUCAGGUGCAAGAUUACCUGCAUUUGCCCAUGUUUAAAGGUCAAAAUGUUCGGUCGAGUGACUGGUCGCAGCCUCUUGGAAUGGAUCAAAUCAAAUACUCUGCAUCUGAUGCGUAUGCUGGCGUCCAGCUCUACGCGGCACUCGAGCGUGAAAGAAAGCAGCUUGACCCAUGUCCACCAAGGCCGCAUCACCUGGAGCGGGAACUGCCCAUUCGCCUUACCGAUGGUAUGGAUUUAGAGACAGAGUCUGAGAAAGACUUGGAUGAGCCAGUCGAUGAAUGCCUCAGCCCCGGAUUUAUCUUAUCGCCAGCGCAAAGGAGGCGACAACUACGUGUCCACCUCAGAUCCGUGAGAGACCAUCCGUGA